UGAAGCUGGAGAUGCAGGAGAGGAUCGAAGGAGUGGGAAGUGAGGUUAUAGUGUUUACUCAGAAGCAGAAGUAGCAGCACUGCAAGUCUGUAACAACACAGCACAUGCCAUCGUCAUGUCUGUGCUGGAGUCUUCAUUAGUUAUUGCUUUCACUGUCACAUAAAAAGCGAGAUACGCACACACUCUCCCUCUCUUCCAUGGCUAUUCGACCUCCUGCUUCUUCUUCACUUUCCUCACCUUCUGAAGGGAUAUGUUACUCUACGUCAUAUGGAAUAACAAGCUAUUCAAUCAAACUUCCUAUUGAUGGCCGAAGAUGGCAUGACCUUGCCAGCACAAGGUACAAAAGUUCAUGUUUUGGAUUGCCACACCUCCUUUGGCCAUCCGCAGGGCAUGAUCAGUGCCUUUCGAAGGUUAAUGUUGCUGCAGAUUAUUCAGAUUCUAUACCCGAUUCUUCUGAUCACAUGGACAAACAAGGUUAUCAUCCUCUUGAAGAACUGAAAGGUUCUGAUGAUGUAAAGCCAGCCAGACUCUCUCCUCCUGAAAUGGCAAAAACGACUGUAGAGGCUAAUAAAAACGCCUUGCUAGUAUUUCCUGGAAUGGUACACUAUGAACCACAUGAGCAGAUUUCAUGGGCUGAGUUUCAAUAUCUUAUUGAUGAUUUUGGAGAUAUAUAUUUUGAAAUCUUUGAUGAUGCAAACAUUUUGGCAGAUCGGGGAGCUAACAAUCCUGUGAAUGUUUUCAUUGGAAUGGACAUCCCAAUAUAUGAUAAUAAUAGAAGAACUGCUAAUGAGUAUGACAUUUUCAAUAAUGGCAAGGAUGAUGAAUUAUUCACAUUUGAUGAUGAAGAUGAUGUUGUUGAGGUCUCAGACAUGGAGGAGUUUAACAUUUCUGUGAAUUGGGGACAUCCUGACACUACAAACUCUAUUCAUCCAAUUUAUUUCUCGAAGUGUUUAACAAAGGCUGUCAACAACGUGGAAUAUAUUAAAAGAAUGAACCAUCCUACCAAUGGUGUUUCCAUUAUAGGGUUCCUUAGACCCAUUUAUGAUGAAGAAAGGUCUUAUCUAAGAUGGAUGUAUCACACUGAAGAUGGUGCUGUAUACAUCUCCGGCUUGAGAGAUUCUUACUCAAAUAGUAUUGAUGACCAAGGAAACAGUAAUUCGACACUAUAUAGAUUAGAGAUCCUGAAAAUCAAGCUCUACUCCAUGUAUGGAAAUCAGUCUGAAAUUAGUGUGCUAGAGUUUCAAGAUGCUGAACCUGAUAUUCUUGCACACUCUUCUUCGGAAAUUCUGGAACGGUUCAACAGAUUCUGUGAUGAUGAUCUUAAAGCACUUUGCAAGAAGAAAGGUCUUGAUGCUGAGGGAGCUUACCUGGUUGGGGUUGACAGCCUUGGCGUGGAUGUUAGAGUUUUCUCAGGUGUAGAAGUAAAAACUCAUCGCUUUCCAUUCAAAAUCCAGGCCGCCACCAUAAACGCAGCUGCAAAACAGAUUUGGCAACUCCUGUUUCCUCGAUCUCAACGCAAGAAGAAUAUGAAAAAGUGGCGGACCACCACCAUGAUUUGAUAGUUUGAAGCUUGUCAAAUGGAGAGACACAUUCCGAUCAUAAAACUGAGUAACGAGUAUUUUAUAUCAUUGAGAUAAACACGUGGUACGGUGAACGUAACUUUUAUCCAGAGAAUAUCCAUGUUGGCUUUAUAAUUUUAUUUAGGUUGAAAAGGGCACGAUUAUCCUCUUUUUCCUCCUUUACUCCAUAUAAAUUAGAAAUUUUAAAAUGUUUAGCUUUCUGUUUGAUGCAUAAUAAGGAUAGCAUUUAUUCAUUGUUUGGUGAAUAAUAAGUGAUGCUUAAGGACAGCGUUUAUUAAUAAAACUGUUUCCUCAGGAGAUCAUAUUUUUUUUAAAUUUGCAAUUAUUCUUUGAU